AUUGGGUCGUCAAACAAUCAUCCUAACCAAACAAUGGGAAGAUUCAGCAGGUCUGGCCGAAGCAGAAGUUACAGUCCUCGCCGCAGUCUAACACCACCGCCAUCAUCGCGCCGUCGUUACGAUGACCCUCGAGACCGUCGUUAUGAUGACUUUCGAGACCGUCGUUCUAACCCUCAACGCCGCCGGUCCCCUGCUCCAUCCGGCCUGCUCGUGCGCAAUAUUUCUCUCGAUUCUAGGCCAGAAGAUCUUAGGAUCCCUUUUGAACGUUUUGGACCGGUGAAGGAUGUCUAUCUUCCCAAGAACUACUAUACCGGUGAGCCACGUGGCUUUGGUUUUGUAAAGUUCCGUAAUGCUGAAGAUGCAGCUGAAGCUAAACAUCAGUUAAAUCAUUGUGUCAUUGGUGGCCGUGAGAUAGCCAUUGUUUAUGCUGAAGAAAAUAGAAAAACACCACGGGAGAUGAGAACAACUAGUCAAACAAGUGGGCGUCAUGGAGGAGGCUCUGGUAGGCGGAGCCCGCCUAGGUUUUCUAGACGUCGCUCAUAUUCACGCUCUGUAUCACCUGCGAGGCGUGAGUUCAGCGAUCGGGAUCAUAAACCCAGGGAUCACUUUCUACCAUCACGCUCGAGAUCUAUUUCACGCUCUCGAUCACCUCAUGAUGCUAGAACGUUAAAAUCUAGACAUUACUCUAGAAGUCCUGGGAGAAAUGGCAGGGGCCUGAUGGAUCCGAGGGAUGGCAAUCCUCGUUUUCAGGAAAGUAAGCGUAGUCCUCAUGAUAAACGAGCCACAGGGGACUGGAAGUCUGCAGUUGCAAAUGAGGGCCCUUCAUCAAGGUCCUUAUCUCCAUCCCCACCUUAUCAGUCAGGAACCCAUACUCGAUCAUGAUCUUUCAGCUGAAUGGCGGGUGCGGUUUUGAUCAAAAUUUCCCAUUCGAUGGUCGUGGUUUAAGUCCUGGUCUGGUCUUUUGAUAUAAUCAAAACGUCUAUAUGCCUUGGAAUUGUAAUGUUACAACUUCCUGUGUUACUUUUGCUUAUACGGCCAUUGGGGGAAAAGCUAGUUUUCAAGUUCAUGCUUUAUUAAAUGCACCCUGGAUCAGAACUCUAAUACUGCUUUAUUAUUAGUAUGAGUAAAUUACAUGGUUUUGUUUUUAAAGCUUUUGGUUCAUAAGGUUUAGUGGAAACUCUACAAGAUCCAACAUUUGGAAUGCUGAUUUUGGUAAUCGUCU